AUGGACAAAUUCCUCAUAAAAAUACCAAGAGAAACAUCAUUACCCGUAUUAGCUUCACCGAAACCACAGAAGAAGGAAUUAAAGCAGGCGAAGAUCGAGUCACUACAGAGAGUUGUUGUCGUGGAAGAUAUUUUGCGAAUGAAAGCAGUUCUUGAAUUGGAAAAUCAGACUGAAGAAAAUCUAUUGAAAGCAUUGCAAGAACUAAGACAAAAAACACCCUCUCGGGAAAUUCUUUCAUCAACAAAAAUUGGCCAUACAUUGAAUACAAUCAGAAAACAUUCAAGUAAAGAGGUCGCUGCUCUAGCCAAAGAUAUACGUAAUGAUUGGAAAAAGUUCAUCAAAGACCGAAGUGAUAAAGGCAUCAUUGAAGUGAGAUCCGAUGCAAAGACUGAGAAACAGAGAUCUGCUGGGAAACGAUUAUUAGCUGGAGUGCUGGAAGUUGCAGAGGACAGCAAAUUGGUGGAAAACAUUGAAAGAGAAGUGUAUCAUCGAAACAAGAGAAUAUUGAACAACAAUUACAGACGUACUAUGAGAACUUUAAUAUUUGCCGUAAAACAUAAAAACGAUAUAAGGACAAAGGUUCAAAAUGGCCACCUCAGCAUUCAAGAAUUCAUUGACAUGCAUAAAAGAUGAAGAAACACACUAAGUGCACCAAUGCGAGUACCGUGCG